ACUUAAUUGAUCUUCUUUGAAAGAUGAAACCACGAAUGUAAAGCCUACAUGAUAUAUGUAUAAAUAUAUAUAUAUAUAUAUAUAUACGCGCAUGCAGCAACAGUAGUACUACAACGUGCAGCACCAUUAAAGAAUGUCGAACUUGAGUUUUCUCAAUUUCCAGUAUGGAAUUUCAAUCAAGCCCCCAUCAAAACCAGUCCAGUCGAGCAUCUCCAAGGAGAGGCAAUGCUCAAACACGUCGAAGUGUUUACAGCUAAACGUGGAGGAGAUGAGACGGGUGUUCGAUAAAUUUGACUCCAACAAAGAUGGGAAACUCUCGAAGGAGGAAUAUAAGUUAGCACAAAGGGUACUACUGGAUGGAGGAAUUCAAGUUCCUGAAACCGAGAUGGCUAAGGAAUUUCAGAUGAUCGAUUCUGAUGGAGACGGUUUCAUUGAUUUCAACGAGUUCAUGGAGGUAUUCAACAUUGGAGGUGGGGUAAAUGCAUCUGACAUUCAAAGUGCUUUUCGUGUGUAUGAUUUGGAUGGGGAUGGUAAAAUAAGUGCUGAGGAAUUGUUGCAGAUUCUGAAAAAGUUAGGAGAGGUCUGCAGCCUUCAGGCUUGCAGGAAAAUGGUGAAAGCAGUAGACACCGAUGGGGAUGGUUUUGUUGAUAUAAAUGAAUUUAUGAGCAUGAUGGCAGGCAUCAAGAAACGGCCAUGAUUGUUUUCACUUUGAACUUUCUAGGAGUACUUGAGCAUGUCAUGUGGAUGUGUUAGCUUUUCAUAAUCUGAUCAAUAGGAUUAAUUGAAAUGAGAUGAUCAAGUAAGAUAAUAAAAAUGCUUAUGUAUCUGAAUGGGAUCCAUUAAUUUCUAUUAUUGUGCUUAA